GUAGAUAUAUUAUUGUCAUCUUUGUUCAGUUAUCGGUCUGAUUUAUUGUACAUACACAUAAAUAUGAAAUGCAUUAGACAUGUAACCUAUUAUAAUAAAAAUACGAUAAAAUUUAUUCCGUUAUAUUUCGUCAUUUAAAUUUAAUUACGGGUAAAUAGAAAAGAACGAAGACAAGGCUAAUCGAGGCCAAUCAAAAAUGAUGUCGAUAGGAAAAUAACUAGGCAUUUUUGAGAAGCACGAAUAUUCAACGUGUCAGUUCAACGUGUACAAAAAUUUCGCAAAUGGUGCGCAUCCUCUCAAUGAAUGUUAAUUAGUUUUGUGUCUGUAUUUUUUUGCCAGAGUUUCACAUUAAAAAAAUGUAAUUUGUGGAAAAAUAUCUAUAAGUUAUUUCAUGGAAGUUAAAACAAAUCUAUCAUCAACAUGAAUAAGACUUCUCAAAAAACUGGACAAACAUUGAAGUAUAUGAGCUUAAUUACUCUCACACUUCAAAAUGCUAUGGUUGGCCUCAGUAUGCGAUAUUCGCGCACAAGAGCAGGAGACAUGUUUCUAUCCUCUACUGCUGUUGUGAUGGCAGAAGUAGUCAAAUUAUUUACUUGUCUGAUAUUGGUAUACAUCGAAGAAGGAAGCUUUGAGAAAUUUUAUAAAGCAUUACAUAUGACAAUCAUAAAGCAGCCUAUUGACACCUUGAAAGUUUGUGUGCCAUCUCUCUUGUAUAUCAUACAAAACAAUUUACUUUAUGUAUCUGCAUCUAAUCUGGAUGCAGCUACGUAUCAGGUUACAUAUCAAUUAAAAAUUUUGACAACAGCCUUCUUCGCAGUGACGAUAUUACGUAAAUCUCUACGUAUCACGCAGUGGGGUGCUCUAGUGUUUUUAGUCAUUGGAGUAGUUCUUGUACAACUGGCUCAAAGCGUAAAAACUUCAUCCUCGGGCAUUGAACAAAAUCACUGGCUAGGUUUUUCCGCUGCUCUGAGCGCGUGCGUUCUGUCCGGCUUCGCGGGAAUCUACUUCGAGAAAAUUCUCAAAGGCUCUGACAUCUCUGUAUGGAUGCGAAAUGUACAGUUGAGCGUGCUGUCCAUACCGUUCGGCUUGGGCACGUGUUUUCUGCAGGACAGUGACAUCAUACGCAAACGGGGUUUCUUCUUUGGUUACGAUCUGUUUAUCUUUUACCUGGUUAUCUUGCAAGCAGGUGGUGGAUUGAUUGUAGCCAUGGUGGUUAAGUAUGCUGACAACAUAUUGAAAGGCUUUGCCACAUCUUUAGCCAUCAUCAUCUCUUGCAUAGCUUCCAUUUAUCUGUUUGACUUCCAUCUAUCAUUUCAAUUCACUCUAGGUGCGUUUCUCGUAAUAUGCUCGAUUUUCCUUUACGGUCACCAACCGAAAACUCUGUCUGAUAAACAUACAUCUGCUGAAAAAGUCUGACAAUAGUGAAAAUACGAGGGUAUUCUCGGUAUAACAUAAAUGGUCGACUUUACAAGUUUUCACAAGAAUUCUCAUUAACUAACAUUAACUUGGUGAUAUGGAGUUUUAAUGAUUUAUGAAAGAUAGAACCAAUUUAAGGAUUAAUGUUGAUUGAUUUGAACAAAAUUGACGAAAAAGAUAUUUAAAAAGAUUUGAAGGACACUAUUUAUAUUAAGAGAAAGUAGUAUAACAACUUUGGUAAUAUCUUCUAUCUUAAACUGCAAUGAUAUAAUUGUUAUAUUGUAUAUAUGGAAGAAUCAACAAGUGCAAUCAUGUUUUAUACUUGAUUCUGUUAUUUAUCUCUCUUGUGAUAGUCAAAAUAGAAAUUUUACACAAAUGAUGAAUAUAUAGAGAAAUUAAAGUGAGAUUAUACAUUGUAAUAAGUUCAUCGAGUUAUUGUAGAUACAAAAUGUUGACACUAUUAACUAUUCAUUCACAAUGAUUAUGAUUUUAUUUUUAUAUAGCGACAGCUUUGAAUACAUUCGAUUAGAAUAUAUUCAUUAUAGGUCAGUAAGUUACAUUUACACUAUGUACUUAAGAAUAGAUUUUAAUAAAUACGGUUUUUAUGAGAA